AGCCCGCCCCCCACACGCCCUCUCGGCGGCCAACAGCGAUGGGGAAGCGGAAUAAGGUCUGCUUGGCGCAGUCUGUCAGCCCUAGCGACGGGAUUGUGGGCUCAGGACAGGUCCCGGUUCCAGUCGCAACCGCGGCCCCGGUCCCGCUACCUCCUCUCAGCCCCUCCGCCCGCAGCCGCGCAUCGCACCGCGCAUGCGCGUCUCCCCCCCCCCUGAGGGGGGUGGGGGCCGGCACUGCGCAUGCGCUGGGCUGCGCGGGCAAAACGGAUCGGUUGGGAUUUGUAAGGCGGGGUCGGUGGGAGUGCUGAAGAGAUAAUCGGGACGAUAAUGAAAAGCCACCGUGCAUCUUCUAAUAAAAGUGGGGAGAACACUGGUGGGGGAAAAAGAACAUUAAAAUCACAAAAUCAGCCAGAGUCUUCCAGGAAAAGAAAGAGAACAGAUGGAGAAGGAAGAAAGCAAGGUCAAAAAGGAAAGCAGGCCACUCAGGCAGUGAAAAGGAAGGCUAAGGAAGACAGGGACUAUUCCCCUCCAGUAUUAACAGAAGGAAAAGGGUCUUCAAAAACAGUGAAACUAACCAGUGCUAAAACAGGAUCUUGGCAGACACUCUCAGAGAGCAGCAGGCAGUUUCUGGAAACUGUGAUGGAUUCAGUAAUACUAUCUGUUUUGUGCCAACAAAGUGAGAGAAAAGGUGAUGUUCAGAAGCACCUCAAUUUACUGAAAGGAAGGUUGCUGAAAUCUUUCAAGACUUUAAAGGUUCCUCCAGGGAAGUUGGGCAACCUGAAGAAUGUCCGGAGCCUUCGAAUGGCAGAGAAACAAAUGCUUGAGACAAAUGAAGAGUCUUUGGCACAAUUGCAGGAUGAAGUAACUGAAGCUCAGCAAGCAGCAGGAUGCACUGAUGAAACUCUCCAGCAGCUGCAGUAUAAAAUCCAGGUGCUCAAGAACCAGUUAGAGGAAGAUGAAAGAAAGGCCAGGAAGGUGUUUCAGGAACCCAGCAGUAGAGCACUCCAACUUCCAGAGCUCCCCAAGCACAGUUUGCAGGCACCCACUUUGCAGGAAGAAAUUUUGAAGAUAAAAGAUCAGAAAGGUCUUUUAAAGGAUAUGAACAUUAUCCAGCAGUCAGAUGACUUGAAGAACAUGUUAAGCCUCAUUGAGAAGACCUAUGAAAAGGUGGAUUUCCUUUGAGAAACCAAAUAUAUGGAAUUUUCUUUGAAGAAAACCUAUGCCAGCACUCUGUGUUAAUGCAUGAUGAUGAUAAUGGAAACAGUGUUUCCUUCCCAAUAGCUUUGCAGCUGUGACUGCUGAAUUUCUGUUAAAGUGUUUUCUAUGAAUAUUGGUAUAUUAAGUGAUCUAUCAAGGCUUUUUGGGGGAAGGGUUUUUUUGGACUUGUGGUGGCUUCUAAUGCUAAUAAAUACUGUCUUAGAAGGAAGAGAAAGGGAUGCUGGGUUUAUUGGGCAUUUUUGUUGAAUAAAAUAACCUGUGCCAUUAGAUUUGUACUUCUCUAUCAAACCUAUAAAAUGGUAAAUCCAGUAUCUCUUAUGAAACUAACUUUUGUUUUGGAGUUAGAUCCUCUGUAAACCUGAAACACAUCGUAACAAUAGUCUUAUGUGAUGCUCAGUUGCAAAUCCCCUGAUUACUUUCUUACCAUUGUUAAUUAAAACCCUCCAUGGCAGGAAAAUGAAAAAUUAUCCAAUCUACAGGAUUUUUAAAAUACAUUUUUAUAUGCACUGCUUAAAACUUAAAAGAUGACACUGAUACCUGAUUUAUCCAGAAGGAUGAGGAACACAAAUAACAUUAUAGAGAAAAGCUGUAUUCUCAGAGUUGUGUACUACUAACCUUACAUUUCAUUAUCUGUCAGAUAUUCUUCAGCUCUAGAGAAAGUUAAGUCAAAAGUCUAUUUUCCCAUGCACCUUAUGCUCUCCUCUAUUUUUUCAUGACAGAGCUUCUCCUGUAAAAGAUGCAGUUAUUAACAAAGUGCUUUCUCCAAUCAAAUUAUCAGCUAGAAGACA